AUGGUCAAGAAAAUUGUCGAAUUUGCAUAUGAACGUGUUUUUGCGCAACAUCCUCAUUUUGAGCUUCCUUACCUUCGAUUUAGGGCAGCUUUCUUUCGCGUUGAACGGUCUGUCCACCUCUUUGCAUUCGAUUCGUGGCUGGAACUAGAUCUAAAGAACCCAAACAAUCCCAUACUCCCAAUUAGAUCCUCGAUGCGUCAAAAGGAGUGGUUCUGGCAGAUCGAACUCCAGCUGGUGGGGACUCCGCUGCUACCCAGAAUGAACGAGUCUGAUCUGUUGCGCGCUUGUCGCGGUGGCGGCGCUCGGCAAGUCGUCGUAGAUCUCGAGGAAGUGGCGGAGUUGGUUGCGAGACUCUUGGUGAUUGUUGAGGCGCUUGCUGAUGAGUCUCUUGGCUUCUUUGACUGCAGGGAAGAGGUAACUUCUGGGAGUUUGGCGAACUCCCAACGUCGACGGGGAAGGGAACGGAACGGGAAGGGGGAAAUUAAGAUGAGUGACAACGACAGAAGUGGGGGAAUUGGGAAAUGA